ACGUCGCACGUGACUGUGAAGCUCUCCAAGUAUAGCAACGGUGUGAUAUCUUCACCGACACUCUCAAUCAUUAAAAGUCUCCAUCUCUCUAUCUCACUUCUUUUCUGAGAGACAAAAAAAUAAUGGAGAUAUCAGUUGCUCUAGUAACAGUUUCUUUAGCUAUAGUUGUUGUGUGGUGGUGGACAUGGAGAACUUUAAGGUGGGUUUGGUUUAAACCAAAGAUGCUUGAGAGUUACCUGAGAAGUCAAGGUCUUUCCGGUAGUCCUUACACGCCACUCAUCGGCGACUUGAAGAGGAAUUUUAGCAUGGCGAUGGAGGCAAGAUCCAAACCCAUCAAUCUAACUGAUGAUAUCUCAACACGUGUCGUGCCUUUUCCCUUGGAAAUGCUCAAGACUCACGGAAGGACUUAUUUUACAUGGCUUGGAACUAUACCAACCAUCACUAUAAUGGACCCUGAGCAAAUCAAGGAAGUGUUCAACAAAGUUUAUGAUUUCCAGAAGCCACAUACCUUCCCUUUAGGUAACGUGAUAGCCAAGGGACUCGCUAACUAUGAUGGUGAUAAAUGGGCUAAACACAGAAGAAUCAUCAACCAGGCAUUCCACCUUGAGAAGAUCAAGAAUAUGGUGCCUGCGUUCCACCAUAGCUGCAGCGAGGUUGUUGGCAAAUGGGACAAGAUAGUCUCGGAGAAAGGGUCCUCAUGUGAAGUGGACGUGUGGCCAGGGCUUGUGAGUAUGACUGCUGAUGUGAUCUCUCGUACUGCUUUUGGUAGCAGCUACAAAGAAGGGCAGAGGAUAUUUGAGCUCCAAGCUGAACUAGCACAGCUCAUCAUACUAGCUGUUCUGAAAGCUUUCAUCCCUGGAUAUCUUUAUCUCCCAACAAAGGGUAAUAGAAGGAUCAAAGCAGCAGCUAAAGAAAUCCAAGUUAUACUGAAAGGGAUAGUUAACAAAAGGUUAAGGGCUAGAGAAGCUGGUGAAGCACCAAGCGAUGACUUGCUUGGUAUACUUCUUGAAUCUAAUUUGGGACAAGCUAAAGGAAAUGAGAUGAGCACUGAGGAUGUGAUGGAGGAGUGCAAGUUGUUCUAUUUCGCCGGGCAAGAGACAACUUCAGUACUUCUUGUCUGGACAAUGGUUUUGUUAAGCCAACACCAAGACUGGCAGUCUCGUGCAAGAGAAGAAGUGAAGCAAGUUUUUGGUGGUAAAGAACCUGAUGUAGAAGGCCUUAACCAGCUCAAAGUUAUGAUGAUGAUACUAUAUGAGGUUCUUAGGCUAUACCCACCAGUAGCUCAGCUGACCAGGGCCAUUCAAAAAGAGAUGAAGCUAGGAGACUUGACACUACCACGCGGCGCUCAGAUCAGUUUACCUAUUCUUCUAGUCCAUCGUGACACACAGCUAUGGGGGGAAGACGCGGCGGAGUUUAAGCCCGAGAGGUUCAAAGACGGUGUCUCGAAGGCAACAAACGGCAAAGUGUCUUUCUUUCCCUUUGCGUGGGGACCAAGGAUCUGUAUUGGUCAGAGUUUUGCUCUGUUGGAGACAAAGAUGGCUCUGGCUUUGAUUCUACAGAGAUUCUCCUUUGAGCUAUCUCCUUCCUAUGUUCAUGCGCCUUACACAGUCAUCACACUUCACCCGCAGUUCGGUGCUCGUCUUAUCUUGCACAAGCUAUAGUUCUGUACGAUGUUGUCCAAUGAACUUAUCAUCAUCCACAGAGGAAGCUGGUCUAGGUCAUAACACAACUCGAUCUUGUUAUGUAUUCAAGUCAGAACAGUGUCUUACAUAUUAAAACCCUUUGAGUAGUGA